GCCCUGGCCGCUCCUCCUGGGUGUCACUGGCAGCCCUGUCCUUCCUAGAGAGACUGGCACCAAACUCUCCUGAGGCUGGGGGGAGUCUCAAGGUGACACUAGCUCCACAGCAGGGUGCCAGGAACACCAAUAGUACCCCCAGCUUGCCUUCCCUCUCCCUCCUUUUUAUUCUCAAGUUCCUUUUUAUUUCUCCCUUGCAUAACACCUUCUACACCACUGCCUGCACCCCCACCCUCCCCUCCCCAGCCACCUCCUUGCCACCCCAUUCCUGAGGCCACAGCUGUUGGCAGGGUCCCUGGCUCAUGCCAGUCUCACCUCCUUUCUCGCUAGCUCCUAAAGAGUCCCUGGGCAACAUGGGUGGCACAGUUCGAGAGUCGGCACUCUCAGUUGCUCUCUGGUUGAGUUGGGGGGCGGCUCUGGGGGCUGUGGCUUGUGCCAUUGCUCUGCUGACCCAACAAACAGAGCUGCGAAGCCUAAGGAGGGAAGUGAGCCAGCUGCAGAAGAGCGGAGGGCCCUCCCAGAAAGGGGAAGGGUAUCCCUGGGAGAGCCUCCUUCAGCAGAGUCCUGAUGUCCUGGAAGCCUGGGAAAAUGGGGAGAGAUGGAGGAGAAGGAGAGCAGUGCUCACCCAGAAGCGGAAGAGUGAGCCCUUGGGCACAGUAGGGGUGGGAGAGAAGCGCUCAGUUCUACAUCUUGUUCCCAUUAACGUUACUUCCAAGGAGGAUUCUGAUGUGACAGAGGUGAUGUGGCAGCCAGCUCUCAGGCGUGGAAGAGGUCUGCAGGCCCAAGGAUUCGUUGUCCGAGUCUGGGACGCUGGAGUUUAUCUGCUGUAUAGCCAGGUCCUGUUUCAUGAUGUGACUUUCACCAUGGGUCAGGUGGUCUCUCGGGAAGGCCACGGAAGGCAGGAGACUCUAUUUCGAUGUAUACGAAGCAUGCCCUCUGACCCUGACAGGGCCUACAAUAGCUGCUACAGUGCAGGUGUCUUCCAUUUACACCAAGGGGAUACUCUCAGUGUCAUAAUUCCCCGGGCAAAGGCGAAACUUAGUCUCGCUCCACAUGGAACCUUUCUGGGGUUUGUGAAACUGUGACUGUUAUAAAGGUCGUUCUGAGCUGGGAAGACCAGGGUGGGUAAAUACUGGAGAUGGCAGAGUGGGCUAGACAAAGAUGGGGAAUGAUCAGGAAAAGAAACCUCUAUUUGGGUUUGACUCUAUGAUUCUGUUCUUCCUUUUUCCUCUUCCACUCCCAUAUCCUAGACUGAGUUAACAGAUAUUAAAGAGGUAGAAUAUCUUGCUUUUAUCUUCCAUCCAGCCCUAAAUUCUUGUGUUUGUGUGUGGAAGGGAGUUGGAAGGAGGGUGCCAGGCACUGUCCAGACCUGCUAUGGGUCCACUGGAAUGCAUCCAGGACAGCACCACCAUCUAGCGGCUGUUUGAGGGAAUCAUCCUACCUCUUGUCAGAAGUCCGGGAAGGCUCCUUCUGCUAGGGAAAAUCCCUAGUUCCCUAUGCCAAGCCUCUCUCCAGGUACCCUCUACUUUUUCACCUAACAAUAAGUCUCAGCCUCACUUCUGUCUAUUGGUAAAGAUUUUUUUUUUGGUACCGGGGAUCGAACUUGGGACCUUGCGCUAGCGAGGAAGGCGGCGGAACCACUGAGCUAAAAUCCCCGGCCCACUUCUAUUGGGAACCGUUUCCGUGACUAUCUCCAGAGACACAUCUAUUAUGCGUCCGUCUACAGGGGGUGCUCGACGACGAAGACAGGGGGGCCCUUUUUCAACCACCUUAUUCUUCGGGUCUUAUGUUUUGUCGUUCAUGCUUUCCAUUCCCGUGGCGUGGCAGGCCACCCCUCCGGGCUGGGACUGGUGCCCAGGGAUCCCUGGAUGUAUCAUAUGCCCUGGCAUUGCUCUUGCCUCAGUCCUCUUGAGCUCUUCUGCUCAAGCCUCGCUUAAAGUUAAAUAAAAGAGAAUGAGUGAUA